AUGGAGGCCAAGCCAGCCCCGGACUUCGCCAUGCUGCGAGAGCUGCUAGCACCGCCCUGCCUGAACCCCGAGCCGCCCCCGGAACCCCCGAUCCAGCAGGCACCAAGGACCCCAGCAUGCCUCAGACCCAGUGGCAGGUCCUUCUGGCCUGCACACCAAGACUCGGUCACCGCCCUGCGCUUCCUCCAAGAGACAGCAGAGGAGCUGGCCCAGACCCCCUGGGACACCCAGGCCCUGGGGCCCUACUGGGAGCCGAAGGCCCUGGAGACCCUGGGACCCCUACCUCAGGCCAAGGAUGACAAGAACAUGCUGACCCCAGUCAGCCAGCAGAGCCCCAACCUGGGGCCCCCACGGGCUCCCCUGACUUCUCCAGCCCAGCCACAGAGGAGGCCCCGGAAGCAGUCAAACCCCCAGCGGGGUGCCGAAAAAGUGGACCCUCUCUUUGAGGGGGUGACCCUGAAGUUUCAGAUAAAGCCGGAUUCCAGCCUACAGAUUAUACCCAGUUACAGCCUGGCCUGCAGCAGCCGUUCUCCAGGGCCUCCCACUCCAGGCCCUGCCAGAGGCCCAGAGGCCAACCCGGGAGGCAGCAAGGCCCUGGCACCCCGCCACUGUGCUUCCUGUAGGACCGAGAGGACCCCUUUAUGGAGAUAUGCUGAGGAUGGUACCCCUCUCUGCAACGCUUGUGGCAUCAGGUACAAGAAAUAUGGCACCCGGUGCUCUAGCUGCUGGCUGGUGCCCAGGAAAAAUGUGCAGCCCAAGAAGCUAUGUGGCAGAUGUGGGGUGUCCCUGGGCCCCCACCCAGCCUCAGCUCAGGAAGGAGACCUCAGAUGGAAGACCCAGGCCUCAAGGCCCCAGAGCUCCUGGUUGGGGGGUCACUAGCCCCCUCUUUGGCUCCUGCUUCAAUCAGGCUUGGCUGAGCACCCCGCUCAGGAAGCGCUGUCAGCAAUGACACUCAUAUUGUUAAUAGAAGUGACAAUAAAGAAUAGAUCUGUUCAAAAAAAAAAAAAAAA